AUGCUCAAAAGAGAAAGAACCAAUGAGUUAGUUAAUCAAAGAAAUAAAUUAAGUACAUACCAGGCCCAAAUAUUGACAAAUAUUCGAUUAUUGGAGUUCUUAAAGAAGAUUUUAGAAACUUAUAACAAGCUUAUUUCUAACAAUUACAUUACAAGGAUAUCCUCGAUAUUAUGUGGGGUUUCUAGUGAUUGUAUUUGUAAGCUUGGAAAGUGCCCUGGAAUACAUGGGACUGACAGUAUUAAUGAUUUUAAAGAUGUAAUUAUUGCAAUAAAAGAUAAAAUUAUAAUAAAAAGGAUUACAGAUACGCCUGUGCCGAUUUCAAACACAAAGCUCGACUUGAACGAAAUAUUGGCUAAUUCUAGAGACUACAUAAUAGAGUUCAAAGUUGAGGAUAAAUGUGUAGAGGAUAGAAUUAAGGUUAAAGAAUUAGAUACACAAUCUUCCACAAACUUGAUUCGAAGUAAGAAGCUUGGCAAAAAAUAUAUGGACUCUUUAUUGAAAUUCUUUGAAGACCAGAUAUUAAUGAAUAUUGGUGUAAAGAAGGAGAAAAAUGAUAACAAAUUGACAGAUAAAGUUGAUAUAGAGGUAAAAGAGAAUAACUUGGAGGAUUUUAGAAUAAAAAGAAUAAAUCAAUUAAUUUCGCUUGCUAAAGAAAAAAAUCAAAUAAUAGGCUCUGAUGAAGUAAUUGAAACCAUUUCAAAAAGUACCAUUUUAAAGGGAGGGAUAGUAAGCCAGAAGACUGAGAAUGCAAGAGAAGCCAAAUAUUGCGAUGAAAAUGAUGAAAUAUAUUCAAUUUUGGAUCAAAAAAUACUUAAUAUGCUGAGUUCUUAUAUUAAUAAUAAUUCAUCUGAUAAAUUCAGAUUUUAUAAUCAUCAAAGUGAAGCAAUUAAAGCAAUUUUGAAAGACAAAAAAAAUGUAAUAAUUACAACUGGUACAUCUAGUGGGAAAUCCAUGUGUUAUAUACUUCCAUGUAUUCAAUUUGCUAUUCAGAAUCCAAAAUAUUUAACAUUGUUGAUAUUUCCGACAAAAGCAUUAUCAGAAGAUCAGUUUAUGAAGAUAACGAAAAUAAUAAAUUGUUUUAAACCUGAAUCCGGGGACAUUUUACCAGUGAUAAAUAAGUUAGAUGGUGAUACAAAUAUGAAUCAAAGAAGAGAAAUACUAUUAAAGAGUAAUAUAAUUUCAACAAACAUUGAUUUUAUUCAUUGGAAUAUUGAGUUUUUAUCCUGUAUGAUUUAUAAUAGACUAAAACUACUAGUUAUUGAUGAAGCUCAUAUUUAUACAGGACAUUUUGGAAUUAAUACUAGUUAUAUAUUAAAGAGACUUAAUAGAGGUAUUCUAUACUAUAAACAGAAGAAUAAAUUAAUAAUUCCAGAACAUUGUACUCAGUAUAUUGUAUGUACAGCAACAAUAAAUAAUCCUAUAGAACAUUUUAGAAACUUGGUAGGCUCCGAGUUUGAAAGUCUUAAUGAUAUUUCUCUCAUUGAUAAUGAUUCAAGUUCAAAAGAAGAAUCAUCAAUAUUAAUUUGGGAUAGUAAUAAGUAUAUUAAUAAAGAUAAUACAAAAAGUUACAAUCAAAUUAAAAUAAACAAAAGUUAUAAAGAAUGUAUUAAUAUGUUAAUAGAGUUUUAUUAUUUAAAUCGUAAAUUAAUUCUAUUUUGCCAUUCCAGAAAGUUGGUUGAAAAUAUUAAGAGAGAUCUUUUAAUGGUUUUAAAGAAGAUAAAUAUACAUAAUAAUCAUCAUUUUAACUUUGAAAAUGAUAUUCAGAUUUAUAGAGGGGGUAUUUCUCAGGUUGAAAGAAGAAAAUUGGAAUCACUAAUAUUUAAUGGCAAAGUCAAAAUAGUUAUUAGCACAAUUGCACUAGAGCUCGGAAUUGAUGUAAAAUGCUUUGAUAGUGUAAUAGUUUUUGGGUACCCUGGGUCCAUUAAUAGAUUAACGCAACAGUUUGGAAGAUGUGGGAGAGAUCAUAAAACAAAAAGCAUUAAAAUGCUUAUGCUAAAUGAAAAUAAUGAAAUUGAUAAUUAUAUAAGUAACCAUGGUAAAGAGCUACUAUCUAAGCAGUUUGACUCGUGCGUUAUUAAUCUCAAAAAUCCCUAUUUAUUAAUUCUUCACCUUAUAUGUUUAACUGUUGAAUCUUUUAAAUACAUCAAUGUAAAAAGAGAUUCAAAGAUUUUGGAUUUAAAUUCAGAAAUACUAGUUGAUAUUGUCAAAUUCUUAUAUAAUAGAAAUUUACUGGUUAAUUAUGAUAAUUCAAAGGUCCAAGACUUCAAUACAUGUGACUUGUAUUAUAAUUGGAAUAAAAUAAAAAAUCAGGUUGAGGUGGGGAUCGAACCUGCAUGUAUAUCUUCAUUACUAUCAUUAUAUUUUGAAAAUAAUGAUCAGUUGAUAUUGAAUGAUCCAAAAGAUAUUUACAAACAAAUAGACGUUAGAGAUAGUGAUCUAACUAUAUCUCUUUAUAAUGUAAAAGAUAACAGAAUUGUGAUUGAUACAUUACCUAUUCUUAGUUCAAUUCGUCUAGUGUAUCCAGAAUCAAUAUAUUCAAUAAAUGGGGUAUUAUUUAAAACUUUAUCUGUAGACUUAGCAUCGAGAAGAGGUUUAAUGCAGGAGAUUAAGAAAGGUGAUCAUAGACUUAAACAAAAAACUGUUUCUUCUGGAGAAAUUGCAGUAAUAAUGCAAGGAAAUGGUGAAAGAUAUACACUAAAUGAGAAUUCAAAGAAUGAAAUGAUUAAAAUGAGUAUAUAUAUAACGGGAGCAAGAGUUACUUUUGAUAUAUAUAGUUAUUCAGUAUAUGAGAUAAUUAACAAUGAGUGGAUUUUUCUGGAAGAGAAAUAUAUUCAAAAACCUUUGGUAUAUUCUUUCAAUACAAUGGGAAUGCAGAUAAAGUUAGAAUUAAGAGACAAAUUUGAAGUAGAGAUUAUCAAUAUAGCUAUACAUGGAAUUAUUCAUAACGUAAUUAACUCACUUCCAAAGUAUAUAUCUUGUAAUAUUAAUGACAUCUCCUGUGAAUGUCCUGACAUUAAAAUUUUUAAUCAGAAGAACAAACAAACAGAUUCAAUAAUUCUUUUACUUUAUGAAAAUAAAAAAGGAGGUAAUGGAUAUUUUAAUGAGCUUAUGAAGUUAAAGUGUACUGAAAAUGGAAAAGAAGUACGAAUUAUUGAAGAUAUUAUUCAUAAUAUGAGGUAUAAUUUAAAUAGUUGCAACUGUAAAAACGGUUGUCUAAACUGUGGCUUUCUUUUGUACUCGUGCAUUAAAAAUAACAGACAUAUCAACAAACAAAUUACAUUAGAAAUAUUAGAAAAUAUUGAAAAAAUUCGAAAUAAUACAACUUAA